AACCAUGCAGGGAAGACUCGUGAGUUUAAAACUCAAUAAUCAGAGGACUCGAACGCACGGAUAUGUUGCUGCAGCGCGCUAUUUUCUCCCCACUCUUGUCUCCAUGGAGGGUUCAAGCCUCCGCCAGGAAGAGGACCUUAAUGCCUCCUCGCUUCGCCGCUACGCUCAGAAACAACUCCGGCCUCCGAGAUGUCAAGGAGCGGACACUCGUUGCUGUCAAACCAGACGGCGUCCAGCGUCGCCUUGUGGGACAGAUCAUUCGUCGUUUUGAGCAAAGGGGUUUCAAGCUGGUGGGCCUGAAAAUGCUGCAAGUGUCAGAGGAGCUGCUGUCUCAGCACUAUUGUCAACUGACACAGAAAGCAUUCUACCCCAGUCUGGUGCAGUACAUGACCUCUGCUCCCGUGGUUGUCAUGGUAUGGGAAGGUCACAAUGUGGUGCAGGCAUCACGUGUGAUGGUGGGACCCACCAAUCCUUCUACUGCCCAAGCAGGAACAAUCAGGGGAGAUUUUAGCCUUCAUGUCAGUAGGAAUGUGGUCCAUGCCAGUGAUUCCCUAGAGGGAGCUGAGAGAGAGAUUCAGCUGUGGUUUCAAGGAAAGGAGCUCCUCAAGUGGGAAUGUUGGGACCAGACUAUCACCUGCGAGGAGUGAAGAUGCUGAGCAGUGAGGAUCAGUGAUGCUACCUCUUCUCUUGCUGCUAGUUGAAAAACGGUCCUCUAACCGUGAGCCUGAAAACCAUGCUCAGUAUUAAUCCUUGCAUUAUUCAGCUCAGGAAUCAAAUAAUUGUGUAAUUUAAACGACAUAAACAACUCCACCUAAACAGGUUUAACAUUCCUAUCAUGGCAAAAUGUGUAUGUUACAUAAAGCUGUGGGGAUUGAUUGCAGAUUUCUGCAAUUACCUAUAUCUCAGAAUUAUGUUUUUUGCAUACAGUUCAGUCAAACUUGUACAUAUACUCAUUCUGGGCUUGAAUGUAUUUUUUGGGCCUCUAAUGACUUAUUUGAACUGUUUCAUUGAAUGAUAACAAAAACAAAGUACACAGUGUAACAGGAUACAUACAGAAGUACAGUGACAUUAGUCAUAUAAUAAGGGGUGCUGAAGGUUCCAGACUGUCUUUUAACUUGACAAAGCCAACCCCUAUUUACUGGAAUAAUGGCAGUAGAAUUUAGGUCUAAAACUGUACAUGUGUUUUUACAGGGACCAUGCAAUGAAAGCAUUAGACGCAAGGUAAAAAGGCUCUGCACCAGAUUAUAGUGUUCUCACUCAUUUAAAUCUGUAGUCCAUGUAGCAGGCAAAAUAAUUUUCACUUUAGAAACACACAUACUUAAAGGGAAACUGCACUUUUUUUGUAAUUUUGCCUAUCGUUCACAAUCAUGAGAGACAAGAAAAAAAAAGGUUGGGUUUAUUUUUGGCUUUUUAACCAAAAAUGGCUUGUUUUAUUUAGGUGGCUAGCAAUGCAGCCAAUGUGAGCAAUCAAUUCUACCUCUAAAUCACUUUACAAAUGCAUUCAAAAAACGUCAACAGUACUUCAUUUAUGUUCCGUCACCCGUGUAAUAACCAAGCUGUAGCGAUAUUGUUUUUGUAAGAGCAAACACUGAGGAAUUCUUUUUUUCUAUCGUAGUGCUUUGGUAUUAGCCAUAAAAGCUUGCUACGGCAAAAGAUAAGCUUGCUUCUACAAGAACAUUAAAAACUUCUGGGUUUGUAAUGCCACAACAGUGCACUAAAACACUAAUUUGUACUGACAGAAAAAAAUUAACAAUAACAUUAUAGUAUCUGUAAAGUAUUAGCCCACAUUUCUGUAUGCACUGUAGUUGUAAUGACACAUAUGGCGUGCUGCAUGUAUCAUGAUGGAUAUUUAAAACGUAUCUGGUUCAGCUAGCCGGGGACGGUUCCUGUUGAUUUGGGGUAAGCAAUCCAUUUAUGUCAAAAUAGCUUGGCUCCAAAUUCAAAAUAGCAUGAUAAUCGCUUUCAUCCCCCUCUCCCUGGCUUCUAAAAGCAGCAGUAUAUUUAGCUUCAAAAGUAAAAGGUUGUGAAUCCUCAUAUAUACAAAAAUAGUCAUCUUUGUUGUCUGUUACCAAGUCUGCCAUGAUUAGAAAACAUACUUGUGUAUGAUUUUGGAAGUAUUGACACAAGUUGUUGCCAGAAAUCAGACAUGUGCUGCAAUGGAAACAGACAUCAAUGCAUGGAAUAAAUCAGUCCCGGAAAUGAUUAAAACGAUCAAAAUACGAUACAUAUUGUACAUAUUGUUACAAACGUGUUUGUUACUACAUAUACCGGUAUACUUGCACAGUGUAUAUAAAAUGUUGAUGGAGGGUUUUGAAGUUAUUUUAGAGGGCUUUGAAGGCUACAUCAGUGACUCCCAUUAAAUGCAUCUCUCAAGCGUUUUUUUUCCCUCAUCUUUAAAAUCCAUCCAUUUCCUACCGCUUGGAGCCUAUCUCAGCUGCAUUCAGGCGGAAGGGGGAGUACACCCUGGAUAAGUCGCCACCUCAUUGCAAUGCCAACAGAGAUAGACAAGUUUUAAAAAAACACAUGCCUGUUCUUGUCUCUUAUAGUGAUUGUGAAGGGUUGGCAAAAUUUUACAAAAAGUGCAGUUCCACUUUAAAGCACAGACUAUAAAACACAAAAAAGAAACAUGCAUGCUGACACACUUGGUUUCUUCUUGUCCAGGACUUCAGGGCUUGUUUGUACAAGGAUUGUAGUGGUUUCAAAGUUGUGUUUUUCUCUAAUGACCAGCAUGAUAUGGAGUAAAAAAAAUGCAAUAUAUCAUGACAUUCAAAGUAAGUUAAGAUGCCUAGGUAGUGAAUGAGAAUGUGCAGUAUUGUAUUGUAUUUCAGGGUGCAACUCAUCUUAUUUGUGUAUUUUAAAUUUAAGUGUGGAAUCUAAUGUAACACCAAGAUACUUAAACUCUGUGACAUUAUAAAUAUAUACAGUAUGUUCCGUAAACUGACUCCUUAGAUAAUGCAUAUGUUUUGGUUUGAUGGAAAAAUGCAUUGUUGCCAUUUUGUUGAUGUUCAGGGUGAGGUUCAUUCAACCAUUUUCCACCUUUUCGAUUACACGUUAGCUUGUUAGCCACUUGUUUAUAGUCUUUUCCAUGUGUAUGGAUGCAUGCAUCUAAGUGGUUACAUCAUUGUCACAAAUUGAUGGAAGGAAGGCCAAUAAACACGGUGAAGAGCAGUGGACCUAAAAUGGAACCUUGUGGCAAACCCAUGCUAAGAGCUCUCAGAGGUAAUAGUUUGGUAUUUGUAGAUAGUUUGCAUCUUGUGAGGUUAAGGAUUCAUUCUGUCAAGGCUUUACUUAAAUCUCGAGAAUUGGCUUCGACUACACCCACUUUGUCCAGAUUAAUUUUUUAUCAUCUGAAUUAGAUAGCAACAUGGUGUUCAGUUGAAUGGUUUGUUCUGUCACCAAACUGCAUUUUGUGUGUUUCACCACUUGUUAGAUUGACCAAUACUUACAACAAUGUGAAAGUCCAGGCCCAUAAUUGAUAUGACAGUCAUUCUCGUGGUGAGUGAAUGGAAACUUCUGACAGGAACUUAGUUGAGAUUCAGGAAGCAUACAAACUUAAGCAGUUAAAUUUUAGAAGAAAAAGAAAAUAAUAUUUUUGCAA